AAGAGAACGAGAUAGAAAGCAAAGGAAGGACUUUUAAUGGAGUGGAAGUCAUUCAACGAAGGUUUGGAAGCUCACCGGAACUCCGACGAGCUCCGCCAUGAACUCCGGCGAGCUCUGAGGGAUUGCAAAUCCCUAGAAAGACGCUAGGUUUGUUGAGUUGGGUUUUUCGUUUGGGAUUUGGUGUUGAAAAUGAAGCAUUUUUCUUCGCUGUUGAAUGGAUUGGCGAAGUCGUUGUAUGGCGGGAAAGGGAGGGUGGCGUCGCCGGAGGAAGGGGGGAGGGAGGCCGGUGAUGCCAUGGUGAAGGAGGCGAGGAGGAAUGGGAUGAUCUUGAGGUCGUCGGGGAUGCUUAGAGCCUCGGGGUCUAAGAGCUUUGUGUCGAUGUUCUCGCAGAGAGGGGAGAAGGGGGUUAAUCAGGAUUGCUUCAUUGUUUGGGAGGAAUUUGGGUGCCAAGAAGACAUGAUCUUUUGCGGGAUCUUUGACGGCCAUGGUCAAUGGGGACACUUUGUAUCCAAGAGGGUCAGGGAUUCCUUUCCUCCAUCUCUUCUUUGCAACUGGCAGGAGGCUCUUGCUCUUGCUUCCCUACUGCCUGAUAAAAAGCUUUGCCAAUUUGACAUUUGGAAGCAAUCAUGCAUCCGAACUUGCUCGGCCGUCGACAGGGAGCUCUCGGAGAACCGCAGUCUUGAUGCUUUCCAUAGUGGCACCACUGCUUUAACUAUUGUUAAACAAGGCGAACAAAUGUUUAUAGCAAAUGUCGGCGACUCACGGGCUGUGUUGGCGACAACGUCCGAUGAAGGUGAUUUGGUACCUGUCCAGCUCACUAUUGAUUUUAAACCAAAUUUGCCUCAGGAAGCCGAGCGCAUAAACCAGUGUAAGGGCCGGGUGUUUUGUUUGAGAGACGAGCCGGGCGUUCAUCGUGUAUGGUUGCCAAACGGAGAAACACCAGGCUUGGCAAUGUCGAGAGCAUUCGGCGACUACUGCAUCAAGGACUACGGCCUUAUAUCCGUGCCCGAAGUAACUCAAAAAAACAUUAAUGACAGUGACCAAUUCAUUGUGCUCGCAACCGAUGGCGUUUGGGAUGUCGUCUCAAACCAAGAGGCCAUUCAAAUAGUUGCCUCGACGAAAGAGAGAGCCAAAGCAGCGAAACGAUUAGUCGAAUGCGCGGUGCGAGCUUGGAAAAAGAAAAGAAGAUGCAUUGCUGUUGAUGACUGCUCAGCUAUAUGUCUCUUCUUCCAUUCUUCUUGAUAUGAAAAUUGUGCAUUGUAUCUUCAUAUCUUCAACCGUUCACAACAUCAUUGUAUCAAGCACAAGCAUUGAGUGAAAUUCUAAAAAUUCAAAGAUCCUUUUGGGUCUUUUUGCUUGAUUGCAAAUAUAACCAAAUUCUCAUU